UCUCCUAAAAGGCUAAAACCCUAUCUUUCCUAAAAGCUUAGCUGCUUUUUUAUCUCUCUUUUCAUCAGCAAUGGCCUCCUCUACUCCCCCACCCCACUGUGCACUCACUACCUCUAAACCUUAUCACAACCACCCCCUACCCCAAUCCCACCCCCACCCCCAACACCCCCACCACCCCAACCACCGCAACAACCAUCAUCACCGUCACUGGUCUUCCCAAAAAGUCACCCUAAACCGACCCCCACCACCUCGCAAUGACCCCCACCCACCCUCCCAAAACCCUACCUUUCUCUCUUUGUCUUCCUCAAGAUCAGAUUUUUCAGCUGAUUUCUCGGGUCGCCGCUCGACCCGAUUCGUUUCCAAGAUGCAUUUUGGUAGGCCCAAGGUCUCUGGUAAUACCCGGCAUUCUUUAUUUGCUGAGGAGGCUUUACAAGAAGCUGUACGUUCUUGCAAAAACGACGUCGUUUUUGACCAGGUUUUGUUGACUUUUGGGUCAAAGCUUUGUGGGUCUGAUGAUUAUACUUUUUUGUUUCGUGAGCUUGGGAAUCGAGGGGAAUGGUUAGCUGCUAUGCGUUGCUUCGAAUUCGCUGUUGGGAGAGAAAGAAAGCGUAAUGAGCAAGGUAAAUUAGCUAGUUCUAUGAUUAGUAUACUUGGUAGAUCAGGUAAGGUUGAUUUAGCUGAGAAAGUGUUUGAAAAUGCUGUGAAUCAUGGGUAUGGUAAUACUGUUUACGCGUAUUCUGCGUUGAUUAGUGCUUACGCAAAGAGUGGGUACUGUAAUGAGGCGAUUAGAGUGUUUGAGACCAUGAAAGAUUCGGGCUUGAAGCCUAAUUUAGUGACUUAUAAUGCGUUGAUCGAUGCUUGUGGGAAAGGGGGUGCUGAUUUUAAGAGGGCGUCGGAGUUUUUUGAUGAUAUGUUGAGAAAUGGGGUUCAACCGGAUAGGAUUACGUUUAAUUCGCUGCUUGCUGUUUGUAGUGGUGCGGGAUUGUGGGAGACUGCGAGGGGUUUGUUUAAUGAGAUGGUUUAUAGGGGAAUUGAUCAGGAUAUAUAUACGUAUAAUACGUUUUUGGAUGCAGCUUGUAAUGGGGGGCAGGUAGAUGUUGCUUUUGAUAUUAUGUCUGAGAUGCAUGCGAAGAAUAUUUUGCCUAACCAAGUGACUUACAGUACUGUGAUUCGUGGGUGUGCAAAGGCAGGGAGAUUAGAUAGAGCGUUGAGUUUAUUUAAUGAGAUGAAGUGUGCAGGGAUAACAUUAGACAGGGUUUCGUACAAUACUUUACUUGCUAUAUAUGCAAGCCUGGGAAAAUUUGAGGAGGCUCUUAAUGUUAGCAAGGAGAUGGAGAGUAUGGGAAUUAAGAAAGAUGUUGUCACUUAUAAUGCUCUUUUGGAUGGGUUUGGGAAACAGGGAAUGUAUACAAAGGUUAAGCAGUUGUUUGCAGAGAUGAAAGCUGAAAAUCUUUCACCUAACUUAUUGACGUAUUCCACAUUGAUUAGCGUGUAUUUGAAAGGAGGCUUGUAUCAGGAAGCGGUAGAGGUUUAUAAGGAGUUCAAGAAGCAAGGUCUCAAGGCAGAUGUUGUUUUCUAUAGCAAACUUAUUGAUGCGUUGUGUAAAAAAGGCCUUGUGGAGUAUUCUUCAUUGUUGCUAAUUGAGAUGACUAAGGAAGGAAUACAACCUAAUGUUGUCACAUACAACUCUAUAAUUAAUGCUUUUGGUGAAUCAGCAAGCAUUGGAUGUGGAUCAGACAAGACUGUAUCCACUAUUUCUCAGAGCAAGUCUGAAGAGGAUAACAUCAUUAAGAUUUUUGAGCAAUUAGCUGCUCAGAAGUCGAAAACUAAUGCUGAAAGACAGGACUUGCUCUGUAUUUUGGGUGUUUUCCAUAAGAUGCAUGAAUUACAAAUAAAGCCUAAUGUAGUCACAUUUUCAGCAAUCCUGAAUGCUUGCAGCCGAUGCAGUUCAUUUGAUGAAGCUUCACUCUUACUCGAAGAACUUCGUCUAUUUGAUAAUCAAGUUUAUGGGGUGGCACAUGGACUUCUCAUGGGUCAGCGGGAAGGUGUAUGGGCACAAGCUCUAUCACUUUUCAAUGAAGUGAAGCAGAUGGACUCUUCAACUGCAUCUGCCUUUUACAAUGCUUUGACUGACAUGCUGUGGCAUUUUGGCCAGAAAGAAGGUGCUCAAUUGGUUGUACUUGAAGGAAAACGUUCAGAAGUUUGGGAAAAUACAUGGUCUACUUCUUGCUUGGAUCUGCAUUUGAUGUCUUCAGGGGCUGCAUGUGCAAUGGUCCAUGCAUGGUUGCUUAGUAUACGGUCUAUUGUGUUUGGAGGCCACGAGCUACCAAAGAUGUUGAGCAUUUUGACUGGCUGGGGCAAGCACAGCAAAGUUACAGGUGAUGGCGCCCUAAAACGAGCCAUUGAAGGCCUGCUCUCCAGCAUAGGGGCACCGUUCCAGGUAGCCAAGUGUAAUAUAGGAAGGUUUAUAUCUACUGGAGCUGUGGUAGCUGCCUGGUUGAGAGAAUCAGGCACACUUGAAGUGCUUGUUCUUCAAGAUGAUACAAGUCACUUGGGCAAAGCCACAAGAUUUGGUCAAAUUUCUAAUUUACAACAGCUAACCUUGUAGUUGUUUCUGUAUAAUAAUUUGACGGGGAAUAUGACAUUUCAAUUCCAGUGUAAAUUAAUUAGUAUAUAUAUAUUCCUUUUUGUUGGGUGUGAAA